AUGUGCUCAAGAAAUGCUUUUGCAGAAACACUAUUUGGUAUAGGUAGACCUGGCAAAACGGGUUCAGACCUGCAGGUCGGUUCGUACCUGGAGAGUUUCGGUGGUUUUGUGGAAAAUGAGGAAGAGGAAGAGGAAGUCGAAGAAGAAAAGGAGGUGAGGAAGGUUAUUGGAUCGAAAGCGGGAAAGAGUAAUUUAGGAAAUGGGGCUAAAACAUCACAAAAGAGGAAAAGGGUUUUGUAUGGAGAUGAAGAAGAUGAGGAUUAUGAAGGAGAGGAGGAGGAAGAGGAGGAAGAGGAGUUUACCCUUGAUGAAGAUGAUUGUUUGGAUGAUGAAGAGGAAUUGGUGGUCACAAAGAAGAAAAACAACAGUAGGAAGAAUAAGAAGUUGGGUAGAAAAGUCUGA